AUGUAUGUUUCCUGGAGGCUUAUGCUCCAGGUUGAGGCGGAGGAGCUCAAGAGGAUUUUCUCCACGUAUGGCGCAUACAGUGCGGCAGUGAAGGGAACCCUAUUCGAGUUGAUGUCUUUCAAGGAGGUGCAACGGGGCUUGAGAUUGACUUACCGCAGAUUACAUAGCAGACCAAUUAAGGCUCAGCCUUGGGAACCUUGUAGCGUUGUGUUCUUUGAUCCGCUGCAACUCAAGCCUUCUCUCCCCAGCACUGCAGUAUGCUUCAGACCGAUCAGCGAGCUUCAAGGAGGAUAUGAUGCUGUGAUUGUUGACAAGGAUGCGAAAAGGGCAGUGUUUGUGCAGGCAACCGUGGCCAGGAAGCCCAGUCUGAAGCUUUCGUUCUUCUUGGAUAAUCUAAUGGCCCUCGGGAUUUCUGCAGGUCUUGUGUGGAGGGUGGAGAUCAUCUUUCUCAUUCCACGAGAGAGGAUGCCGGUGUUCCGGAUAAGUCCUGUCGAAGACUGCGGGGCGCUGAAGACAUACGGAUGGAAGAAAGGCAAGGAAAGGAGGCAGGCGAAGGUUGCGUGCCUAACUUUGCACUGA